AUGCUGCCCGCAGAUCAUGGGAGAGUAUUAGUUGAAGAGGUGCAGCAAACGGUGUCGGCCCAGCGAAGAUUGCAGAACCGGGUUGCACAACGGAAGUUUCGAGAACGAAAAGCGCGAAAUGCAAAAGCUCCAAACAAGAGACUCAGCCUCCGCGUCGAUCCGCACCAGGAGACAACCCCCACACAAUUAUUUUCCCCCACGCAACAAGGGAAUCGAGAAUUCAACUACUCGAUGGAGAAUUUUCCAAUUGCGGAAUACGACCAACUCAUCAGCGCCCGAUCUUCAGAAGCUCCCAGCGCAAACACAGAAGGCCACCAGAUGACGCAGUUCCCUUCGUCCAACAGGUACGGCCCCACGGACAUGGCGUCAGAAACGAUGAACAUGUACGCAUACUCUGGUUCCUUCCCACCGCCUAUCAGCAACAUAAACGUUCAAUCAUUUGGAGGAUCGAUUGGAGUUCAUCAUACCACGUUGUGGCCUCCACAAGAGCAUUCACAAGGACAAGAACCGCCGCAGACAAACCUCACUUUCUCGCAAAGCAAUUUUAGCAGAAUGACCAGUCCAUGGAUAAAUAGAGAAGUAUCACCAGCAUCGACCAACUCCUCUAAACAAUACCAUCCUGUCGCACGGCCACAGUCCGCCUGCAUAACAACUCCUCUACAGCACCGUCACGGCAUCGGUAGUACCACAAGAACAUCAUCAGAGGAGUCCGAUUUCGAAACACCCGAUCCUCCCCUUUUACAUGUUGCGAUCCGUUCACGCAGUCGGGACGUGAUCCGCGUCUUGUUACGCCGGGGUGUGGUCAACAUCGACGACUGCGAUGCAGAGGGACGUACAGCACUACAUCUUGCAGCAGAACUAGGCGAUGAGGCUCUAGUGAGCCUGCUGCUGGGGCAAAGGGCGGAUUCGCAAUUGCGAGACAAUCGUGGGCGGCUGGCAGUGUAUUAUGCUGUUGAAAAGGGUCACCACGAAGUAGUUGAACUGUUGAUAGACGCAUAG